CGUCGUAUUCUAUCGCGCCUUUGGGAAUGUGAGGGGGUGAGAUUCAAACUUAGAUCAUUGGUAGUUUUCGUUGUUUUGUGUCUCGUAAAGAUUCUCGUUCCUGUUUGAAAUUGAAAAGACGCUUGGCUUGGGACGAUUCAGAUAUUGUGGAAAAAUCGCGCGUCGCUCUAGCGCGAGUGGCAGUUGAUUUUGCCUGUCACGUGUGCCGGUGACGGAAAUUAGCAAAGUAGUGUUCCAGUGUAGAGUGUUAAUCGGUGAGGAAGGAAAAAUAUUUAGUGUGGAUUAAUAAUCGCUAGUGCAAUAAGAUUACUCAUGUAAGCGAGAUCAGUGGCAGUCUUCGAUUUCAACUGAGUGAUGUCAUUUAAUUGAUUGUUUGAGGUUUUUUUUUGCGAGAAUCAAUUAAUGCGUUUGAUGAUAGCUGGAGGAAGAUUAAGGUUCAUCUUCAUGUGAUCACAGGCUACUCUGCUCGGCUUGGAAUGCGAAGUGAUGAAAACAGGAAAACGGAAAAAUUAAGAGGAAAAGAAGCUGAUGCUUUGAAGUUAUACCGCUUGAGCUGGAGGCUGGAGCGUACGCGCUUGAGCGAUUGUUGACAAGUCGCUAAGUGAGUGACGUGUGUGAGAAUUCUCCUAUUGGAUUACAAGAAUUCCGCUCUUUGGAACUAUUUUUCGACUGUUGGUGUCGAUUUUGGAACGUUUGUAGUACUAGAUUGAUUACAUUGGUGAUUCAAAUUUGGAAAGUUCUAUCGGCUCUUGUAAUCCAGUAGUGUGCUCGGAAGAUGCUUAUUUGGUGAAAGUGCUCUGACGAAAGAUUGGAUUUUAAAGAAGAGUCAGAUGACAAAAGACAUCAACAAUUUCCAGUGACUUUUUCACAGAAGAUUAUGAACAACAACAGUGCUGAAACGGCAAAUUAAUCGCAAUUUUUCGCGAAACGUGGCGUCCGAACUGCGCAAAGAAAGAUGUGAAAUUUCGGAUUUUGUUUUUCCCGGAAUUGUAUCGCAGAAGAACAAUGACUCCCGGAACGGGUUCAACCCACAAGUAAUACGAGUGCUGAACGAUUCCAAGUGCGUACUCUUCGGGUACUGUGACUGACUCUGAGAGGGAGAGUGCGUCGGUUGUGCGCGCUCCGUAAGAUGCCUUGGGGCUGUCUCUGUUCCAAGGAAAAGAAACGCCCGCAAAUUAGCAGUCCCAUCCUAAAGCCCGACGAAACCGGAAAGCAUCAGCUUCUGCCGGCCGUAAGACGCCCCCUGCUCAGAGCACCCGAGAAGCUCGAACAGCGCCUACUUGAUCCGAACCUCAACGAACUCAACGACCGAUCGUCGGCCGAAGCCAAUGGCGACGAGAGCAGCGAAGAGUUUCCCAAUGGCAACGGCCUCAAACGGGACAAGCUACAGCAGCAGCUAAUCCAAAAGUCCAAACUCAAGUCUUCAAACCUCAAAAGUACCACCUACACGCGAAACACGGAAAAUGACAAGUUGACGAGACACUUGAACAACGUUAAAUUUGCGUUCGAUGAACCGCAGCCCACCACUGCUGGCACCGCCGCGGCAAAACCAGCCGCAGCGACAGUCGCAAAAACAGUUCAGUCGGAAGAGUUGAUUAAAUUGGAUGACGAGGCAAGUGCGAAAAGAGGUGAAGAUCAAGUGGACCAUAACGGCAAUGGUAACUAUGAUGUCCUCCCACCACCGCCGCCGCCGCCGGAGGUCAUUCUCCAGAUCGUCGAAAAUACCGACGAAAAUAGUAACACCCACCUCCGACCCCCGGCGCCGGAUGUAGUCAAAAGUAGCACCGAGAGCAUCCCAUACAUCGAUGACGAACAGUCCCAGGUGCUGCGCAGCCUGAACAAUGACCCGAGCAAGCUUCGGAACUUUCACGAUGCUCGAAUCAUCACCCUUACGCCAAAGAAUGUCGGCUCCCAGGUGGAGAAGCUCCGGGGACCGUCGAGUCCGGAACUGCAGCAGCUGGUCCGGGCCAAACUGCACACCAUCGAGCCGGAUGUUACGAAAAUCCGAUUUACGCACAGCUUCCACAUACUGGCCAGUGGUUGCUGCGAUCGGGUCUGCCAGCACUGUCACCUGGUGCUGAGUCUGGAUGUGGCCUUGCGAUGUGCCGUGUGCGAGUUCACGUGCCAUCAACGAUGCGUGCAGUUGCAACAGAGUGCUGUGGCGUUGCUAAAAUGGAGGCAGAAAGAAUUGCCGGAUAGCAGAGCUCCGUCGAACCGAAGCAGAAGAAGAAUGGAUGUACCGCCUAAGUCACGCUACACGGAUACCUCGUACCUGAUCUUUCAGCAGCUGAAGGAAGGAGGACUGCAGUGUGCCUUUCCGACGAUUUACGAACUGUUAAAUCCGGGAUCCAGACCGAACGGAAGCAGAACUGUCGAUGAACUGCCAGCCGGCGUAGAACCGAUUGCUGAAUCGAAGAAUGGCGGCAAGAAGCCUGCGGUUGGUGGACAGUACAAAUCGAAAGACAGCCGCAAGUCGGUGGCCAAUGGGAUUCCACGGAAGCAAAGCAAGAUUGCGGAGAAACGGAAGAAUCGGAGGAGCUUGGAGUUGAAAGCCGUGGAGGAGGCUACGCGGGAGGAAGAAGAUGCAGUCAGUGUUGCCAAAGAAGUUGUGGAGCAUGUGCCUGAUGAGAAGAAGGUACAGGUUUGUGAUUUGAGUGGGGGUGGUGAAGAAAGUGUGACCGAUUCCAGGCAUGUGAGUGUGAUCAGCAGUGGUGACGAGCAGGGAUGUGUCGUACAGAAGGAUAUCCAAGUGGCCGUGGAUUUCCACCACAGGCCCAACUCGGAAGUAGAUCGCCGCAGCAGUCAGGGCAGUGUAGUUCUGAUGGUGGUGGAAACGAAUAACAACGAUGUGAAGUUCAAAUCUAGUAACAACGACCCCGGGGGGGAAGUGCUGGCCGAAUCGGACGUGGAAUCGGUGCGAACCGUUACGCCGGGUGGAGCUCCGAAGGCUCCAAGUGUCCAAAUCAGAAGAAAACAGUACCUCUACGAGCCGCCCUAUCUGACGGGAUCGGAGUACAGCGAUACCGAUUUUACCGAUACGGCUAGCAGCAUUGGGGAGCUGGACGAUGCGGUGGAAUAUGCGCGGGUGGAAUUGCGACAGAAAAAUGCCCACGAAGAUGAACAACAGCAGCAGCAGCAGCAGCAACAGAUUAUCAGCAGCAAGUACAACUCGCUCCCGAACCACCCGGUUCAACAUCAACAGACCCGGCAGACCACCAGCAGUAACCUGAAUCAUGUAAAUAACAACAGCAUCCCCAACGGUAGCAGCCAUUAUCAGCAUAAUUACCCGUCACAGCAGUACCACCACCAGCAGCAGCAGCAAUCAUCGCCCUAUCACAGUAUUGGAUCCUAUCAGGAACCAGGAUCGACGGCGACUACCUUGAGGCUAAGUUAUGUCACCGAGAGGAUACUGGCAUCGAUACUGCCCACGCGGAGAUCAUCCCGGAACGGUGCCACCAGUCCGGGCUUUGCCGAUGAACACGAACGGGAGCUGAUCGAGAUGCUGGAGCAGAAGCACGAGAAGAACUACCGGAUAUUCGACCUGGAGUCGUGCAUUGCCACCGUCAGCCUGGAGAAGCUGUGUGAGCUGUGCAAGCACAUCGAUUCGUGGCUCGGCAGCGGCAAGGAGAAGAUCGUCGUGCUGCAAGACAGGGAGGACAAACAACGUCUCGGUACCGCCAUCGCUGCCUACCUAGAAUACCAGAAAAUAUGCGGCUCCAACUUCCCGCAGUCCAACCGUACCAAAGCCCUUCAGUCCCCCGGUUCUGACCUCAGCGGUCGUCGCACGCCCACCUGGCUCGAUCUGGACAUCUACUCUACUCAGAAAUUCCUGGAAUCCGUGGCCGGCCCGCUGCGGAUCCCUUCGCACAAACGUUACAUCAAAUACUUUUCCGGUCUCCUGUCCGGUACCAUCAAAAUGAACGCAGCCUCCCUCUUUCUGCGGGCCAUCAUCGUCGAGUCGCCACCCUGCCUCCACUACCGAUCCGUCACCGUCAACAGCGAGUGGCGAAGUUUUAUCAAAGUCUACGAGGGCGUGCGGUGUCUGUUCACGUCGGACAUCUACGUGAUACCGAUCACCACCCGGCAGUUUAUCUACGAGAUCAAACACCCGCUCCGGUUGCGAGGGGACGUCCUCAUCCGGUGCUACCAGAUCAUACCAAAUAACAACAAACUGCACGACGAGAAGGAACUCAUCUCGGGCGUGCAGUUUCACACCUGUGCCAUAACCGAGAACGAAGUACAAUUCGCCAAGAUCGAGCUGGACCUGGCGUGUAACGAUGACCGGUUUCCGGCCGAUCACAAAGUCAGACUCUGCUUCAAUACGACACCAAAUGAGAGGAGUGCGAUACUGGUCUUUCAGAAUCCGCUCGUACGGAUAGAACCCAUCAUCGAGGGCGGAGACCACCUGGAAUCGAUCAACGAAGACGAAUCUAGCCACACGCACGGACCACUGGACGGUUCCCUGUACGCGACGAUUCUCAAGAGCCCGAAAUCUCCUACCGGAAGCGGUGGUCCCCCUCAGACGCUGAUCUCUCCGCCGGCCGAGUUCAGUAACGGAAAGUCGAUUCCGAACGGCCAUCACGUGCCACCGGUGACGCCUCCGCCGCGGAGUUCGUCCUCAGCGAGUUAUUCCAUCUACGAAAGUGCCAAACGCGGUUACCAAAGUGCUACCACCACCACCACCACCCCCUACAACAAUAAUAAUAGUACAACGAGUCCCGUUGUGAACGGAAGUGCGUAUCAACAACAGCAGCAACAGCAGCAAGGUUACCAACAGGCAAACAGGGGACAAGUAGUGAGUGAGAGUGCUAAUAUUAGUCAUAGUGAAAGUAGUGGUAAUAUUGUUAGUAGUAGUAGUGCUGGUAACUACCGAGAUGUGAUAGGGAAUGGGAGCAGUAGUGCGUUCGAUCAGAAUCAGAACCCAUUGAACCAAAGUCAGCAGCAGCAGCAGCAGCAGCAGCAACAGCAACAACAACAACAACAACAACAACAACAACAACAACAGCAGCAGACUCAUACACAGAUAAGAAGUCAAGCUGAUGGUCGUGAAUCGGUGAGGAGUCCGUUGACGCUAUCUAUGGACUCGGGUAUAUCGAGCAGUGGACCCGUUAAUCGUCGCCUACAGGGCUCGAGUGUGUCGCCAUCCAGUUUCCCCAGUCAAGCUAGUCCGCAAGAUGAUCGCCAUCGAGAAUUGGACGAUCUGCUGUCCGACAUGUUGAUGACGGUUCAAGGCAUCCCCGACGUCGGUCGCAGCAAAACAACAUCAACAACGCCAUCCGCACAAACCACCCACCAUCAUCAUCAUCAUCAUCACCUUCACCAUCAGCAACAGCAGCAACAGCAGCAGCAGCACCAGCAGCAACAACAGCAGCAGGCGAGCGAUCAUUUCGUAAACACAAACACCGACACGAUCAAGCGAUCGUACUCGGCCCAACUGCCGGUACUCAGAGAGACGGCCAAAGAGCGUGAGUUGCUGCUGUACGAAACGAGCAGCACGACGACCACCCUGACGCCGCCGCCCAGUGAGAGUGGUCGCGAAACGCCACAGCUGAGCAGCGCCUAUUCCACCAUUCGCGAUAAGCGGGAUCUCUGCCUCACGCCGACCGAGCGGGAGCUCAUCAUGAAUCUGCAACAUCAGUCUUUCGGCUAUUCCCGUCAGGCGCGGUCUACUACCGGAGCUUCGGAACGGUUCACUUCGGACGACGACGACGAUCAGUACAACGGUAACAACAAACAGCAGCAGAUUCCUUAUCACGCCCGGGAGGACUCACGACCCUUCACCUACGGCAACAUACCGCUAACGGGUACGCCCCAAAAUCCGCCCGCUUCAACUAUGCUCAAGAUGCAAUCGGGCCUGUCGAGUCCGUCGAUGGUGCGCAAAGCGCUCGGGACGCCAACGUCCGCUCGGAAAUCCACCGGUGGUGGCUCGUCGGGUGCUUCAUACGGUGGCUUCGGUCGGAAUUCGGAAUUCGAAGAAAUGUUACGCGAACGACGCGAGAAAGUGUUUAGUGAAAAGUACACCAUUGGAGAUCAGUCUCCCAGGGGUACCGAUACGGUUGAUAACCGGUGGAACUAUAGUGCUACGAUCAGGACCGCGGAGCAACAGCAGGGCGAUACCAACGGAUAUCCCCAUCCACCCGAGCCGCUGAAACGGUCCAACACCAUGGACGGUAGCUUUGGGCGGCAAUUCUCCCACGAUGGAAUCUCCGGCCAGACAUGGCUUCAGCUUCAGCAGCAAAAGCUACGUGCCAGAAAGGAACAACAGAAACGAGAACAUUCAAAUAGCUUUAGUUAUAGUUAUGGCAGCCCUGCAUUCCCCACCAACGCCGCCGAAACGCCGUACAACACCAGCACGACGCACAGACGUAGCCAAACUUUGUCGCCGGUGCGAAACGAACGCAGUUAUCACACACUAACGACGACACACACGAGGACAAACUCGACCGAGCGGCCAUUCGUGGCCAUCAAGCGGGCCCACGAGAACGCCAAGAUGCAGUCGAUUGGUUCUGCACCGUUAUCCGUUUUGAAUGCCUCACCGCACGGUCACAUUGCACAAGCCCAACAGCAACCAUCGCAGCCAACACCAGUAACAGCCCCAUCGCCGUCCCCAUCCGCCGCCUCGACGACCAUAGUUGCCGUUGAUCAUCAUCAGCAGCAGCAGCAGCAGCAGUACAGCACUGUCGGUAGUAGCAAUGCUAGUAGUUCCAUCAACAAUGGCCAUCAUCAUCAUCAUCAUCACGAACAGCACAAUGUCAGUUUCAACAAUAGCGUGGCCAGUCAGAACCAGGUCCAAAACGGACUGCUCUCGCUGGCCGAUCAUGAUCAUUCAACGCCGAAGCACGGACAUGUGAGAUUGGAGUCCGAACAGAUAAUCUUCAGUAACAUAGACAGCCUCAAUAAUCUCGAUACUAGCGAAAAACUAAACAAUUUGCUAAAAGACAUAACCUACAGUGCGGCCGCGGUGCAGCGUGCGACCAAAAGUAAUGGCCGCGCCCCGUCGACCACCAUCAGCCCUGCCGCUGCCAGCAAUGUCGUGACUAGCACUAGCAAUAAUCCAAGCGCUGCUACUAGUAAUACCUUCGCUACUACCACUACCACUACUACCAUUAACCACAACCAUCAUCAUCAACAACAACAACAACAACCACCACCACAACCGAAUCAUGCUAGGCUCAUCAAUCAUACCCAUUCGAAUCAUUACCAAAAUGGUCACAGAAGGCCUAUCCCGGAACCGAUGGACAUCUCCCCGACGGAUGGAAACGAGUGCCUCCGGAUAGGGGAAGAUCCUAUCGCACCACUGACCAGCAGUGGUCAGUUGGCGCUGGAUAAGCUGCUUGCAUCCCUGGCGCUGGAAAACGACGUUACCGAACAGCAUCUUGCCAAGAUCGAUCAGCAGCAGCAACUGUCGGCGGUGAUUGCCAAUCUAACGGAGUACAAUUUGAGCGAAGCUCAACGACUGAACGGGUACAAUGGGAACGAACUGGGAGGGGAUGCCUUCCGGACGCACGCCGACAUUGUCAAUGGAAAUGGAUUUCAACACCCGGGUCACCAUCACCCGAUAAAUGGUAGGACAAAUGACCCCAGUAGCCUUCUAAUUAACAAUCACGUAAGGAGGAUAGCGUCGGAGAGCGAUAGUACAAUCUCGUCCAUCUCGCCGAGCCUUUCGGAGCGAAGUAAUGCCAUCUCCUGGUGCGAUCAGGCUAGAGAAGAAUCAUUCUCGUCCUACCGCUCGGAGACGGAACCGGACAACUCACCGGCCGGCGGUUCACCACGGCCCGAGACGCCAGCCUUCCCCGUCACACCACGCACACCGUAUGGCCUUAGCAAUGGCACCUCUAGUCCAGCAUUGCCGCCCAAGAGUCCGACAUCACAACGAAAGUAUAACUCGACAUGGUCGCUGAGAAGUCAGAAAUCGACCGUCUCCACAUACGACAUGAGCAAGGACUUGUUUACCGGCAACCAGCGCCCGCAGCAGGAGAUCAUCAACCAAAACGAAACGGUUUCAUGCUACACAUCACGCCGCAAUUCGACCACAUCCAACGCCAACAGCGAACCGCAGGAGGUGGCCCCGCAGUUUGUGAAAUUUGCCCGCGAUUCGUCCAAGUACUGGUACAAGCCGAACAUCAGCCGCGAGGAAGCGAUCACCUUGCUGAGGAACGCUCCACCGGGAACGUUUGUAGUGCGCGAUUCAACCACGUUUGCCAACGCCUACGGGCUGGUGGUUAAGGUGGCACAUCCUCCGCCAGGGGUACAAUCGAAGGGACCGAACAGCGAGGAACUGGUACGUCACUUCCUGGUGGAACCGACCAUUCGGGGUGUCCGGUUGAAGGGUUGCGCGAACGAACCGGUCUUUACGUCCCUCUCGGCGCUGGUCUAUCAGCAUUCGAUUACCCCGCUGGCACUUCCCUGCCGGCUGCUCAUACCGGACCUGGAUAUUCAACAAACGGACUUGCAAUCGCCGGCCCAGCAGCAGCUGCUGACGCAAGGUGCCGCGUGUAACGUGCUGUACUUGUUUACCUGUGAUACAGAGUCGCUGACAGGACCUCAAGCCAUAAGGAAAGCAGUGGGAUUGCUACUAUCGCUACGACCGCUGCCAAAACCCACGCAAGUGCACUACAAAGUAUCGAUCCAGGGAAUCACGCUCACGGAUAACACCCGGCAGUUGUUUUUCAGACGACACUACCCAUCCAACAACGUUUCGUUCUGCAGCCUGGAUCCGGACGAACACCGAUGGAGCAUUCCAUCGACCACGGGAGACAUCCCAUCCUCCAAGCGCAUCUUCGCCUUCGUCGCCAAGCGAUCACCAACUUCGGCCGACAACCAGUGCCACGUGUUCUGCGAACUGGAACCCACCCAGCCGGCCACGGCCAUCGUCUCGUUUGCCAACAAGGUUGUGCUAGGUGGCACCGGUGGCCAGCAGCCAGCACCGACGCGAGCAAUCUAGAAAGAAAGAGAAAGCAAUACGCAAUUGAGAGGAAAAUCGAGUCAUUUUGUAAUUGUAAAUCUAACUCUUUUUUUGAUAAUUUAUAUGUAUAACUCUGAAAAUCCGACGCGGAACGAGGUCGGAUUAAAAAUUACUUCUUACAUAUUGGUACUACUUACUAAAAACAAAUAAGAAAUUGAGCAGCCACGGAAGCAGCUAUAACUGCAUGAAAAUUUAGAAGAGAUUGGGCACCACGUGUAGCAUAUACUUUUUAAGAAACCUUACACUAAAGUUGUGUAGUCAAGUUGAACGUUUUACACGAACUCAAACGCAAAUUUACACUUAUUAAUUUGAAAGCAUCUGUAUUAAUUAUGUUACAACAAGCAAGCUAAUAACUCUACCAUGUAUGUCAGUGUAAUUAUUACUAUUAUUUAGCUGAAGAAUAGAACGCAUGUAUAAAUGUACUUCUCCGCGCAAAAAAAAAGAAGAGAAAAUAUUAUUUAACAUUGAGGAAAAUAUUUAUAAAAAAAAAAACAAUAAAUUAAUCCGCCAAAUAUGUAAAAGAAACUCCACACGUCUUUUAGUUCUCUUUUCCUAUCUUUUGUUGCACUAACUCCCGCAUUGAAACAAAAGAAACUGACCUUUUGCAACCGAUUGAUUAACAUUCAUUUCUGCUUCUUCUGCUUAGUUUUACGUUACGCUUCCACACCGUUCUAACUAACUUAACUUAAUCAACACAACCAACGAACGACAACGUACACUAACACAUACACAAACACACACACACACACACACGGAAGAAGACGCGAAUGCAACAAACACUCAAUCAAAUCACUUUAUUCUUUUUUGAACAGCAGCAAAUUCCCUCAUCAAUUUCCUUCUGCAAUGCUUCUUUCUCACAGCAUCAAUCCUUAUCUUUUAAGUCUAAAUUCGUCGGUUCGAAAUUACCUUUUCGAAAAACAAAAAAUCUUCCUUAAGCCUUUUUCCCUUCGCAGAAAAUUGCUUUGAGAGAGUUGCCAAAAAUCUCGGAGUUCUUCCAGAAGAAAAAAAAAACAAGUUGAAAAUGAGCAGAAUAUUUUUUCGCUUUGCCGUACUGUUGUCAAAGAAGAAAAAAGUGUUACGAAAACAAAACAAAAAAAAAGGAUUAAACGAACAAACGAACGAAUAAGUGCUGCCCCGUUGGCGCAAGCACUUAUGUAUUAGACUUAUAAACUAAUGAAAGUAUUAAAACACACAAGUUAGUCAAUAGUGUCAACAGUUGAGAACACACAAACAAACUUAUUACAUAACCUACAAACAAACACACUCACACUAACCGCGAGACAGUCAGUGAUAGUUGAGGAGGAAGCUAAUGAAACAAAAAAAAAUAACGUGCCUAUAUUUGAUGGCAGUGGUUUUCCCAACCACUGCUCUCCCCGGUGGAAGAAGUCGAAUUUACACCAACAUGAAGAAAUCAGAAAAA